AGGGAUCUGUGAGGUCACCUCAUUCCACUCCACGGACUCUUGUCGGGCAGCGGCUGCUGGCCACCUCCGUCCCUAGGGCUCAGGGAGGGACACAGAGCUUUGGGAACCGAGGACGUUCUGAGCGCCAACCCUGGGAGGCCCGAACGAGGGGCAAGCGUCGCGCGGGCGGGGCCAGUCCCGGGGGGUCACUCAUUCGGCGGUUCCAGGAGGUCCAGGAAGCCCACGGCCUGGCUCGGGCACCGUCCACGCCGCCAGGCCACCAUGGUCCUCGGCUGGCUGCUGCUUCUGGUGAUGACUCUGCCCCCGGGCACCGCGGGGCUCAAGGACUGCUUUUUCUGUGAGCCCACCGACUCCGCGCACUGCCCCGCCACCCUCAUGCACUGUGGCGACGACGAGGACUGCUUCAACGGCCGCGGGGUGGCCCCGGGCACCGGGCCGAUCAUCAGCAAGGGCUGCGUGCAUUCCACCAGCUGUGGCCGCGAGGAGCCCGUCAGCUACAAGGGCGUCACCUACUCCCUCAUCUCCACCUGCUGCGUCGGCAACCUGUGCAACGGCGCGCCCCGCCCCGAGAGCAGCCGGUCGGCAGGGACUGCCGCCAGCCUGGCGCUGGGGCUGGGCUUGCUGCUACCUCAACACGUGCUGUGACCAACAGGGAGGGCGGGGCCUGGGGUUGGUGUCCCCGCUCUGCCACUGCCCCCACCCGUGCCCCCACCUCCUCCCCCCAUUGAACAGCCUGAGGCCCUGCACACCCUCUCGUGGCCCUGGCUCCAUCCCUUCUAGGGCUGUCCACCAGGAGCCCGGGGCUCGGUGAGGCACGCUCAGGCCUGAUGUGACAGUGGGGACAGUCCAUGGGUUUGGUCACACUGCUGUCUGUCAUUGGUUCUUAGACGCAGGUCUUCUCACAUUUCCAUCCAGAUGUUUCUUUCCACGGGUUGCCCCUUAGACUCCAUGAAAUGUGGUAAAAAUAUAUAAAUAA